AUGGCCGUGGGCCACAGUCCCCCCUUCGUGGGUGGUGAUCCCCCCCUCGUAAGCGAUGCUCCCCCCCUCGUAAGCGAUGCUCCCCCGAUCGAGGCAGAAGGUUCCAGCGUCACUGCAGAAGGUUCCCCGUUUAUGGCUUCCCCACCGGUGACUGAAGGUUUCCCCUUUUCGCGGGUGUCUGCGCCGGAGCCAGUGCCGAAGUUGAGUUGGUUUCUACGUGGGUCGUUGCCGGUGCGUUUGACGAGGUUGGCGAUUGGAGGUUCGAGUGAGUUGUUUGGGUCGUCACGGGAGAGGGCAGUGGAGAGGUUGUGUGCAUUGUGUGGCCGUCCUAUGCACGAGUUGGUUCGGGGGGCGACGUUGGCGGACCUGGCGGAGUGCAGUUUGGAUUACGUUGAGUGUGCGGCGGUAAUCGGAUUAUUUUACACACGCGUGUUUGGUUCAUUUUCGGACGAAGGUUGCAAGGCGUUGUUGGGCGUCCUGGAGUUACACGAGUACGUGCAGCCGGGACGGACACUACGGCGCGCAAUGGAGGCCUGGGCCGGCGGCUGUUUGUUUCUCAAAGCCGGCAUAACAAUCGAUCAACUCGCCGACUUCUGCGCAUACGAACUAGAAUACCGACCUGCCAUGGCGCCAAAUGGCUUCGCAUUAGAAUGUCUAAGACCCAAAGCACUUUCCCGACAGAAUUAUGAAACCCGCAAAGGCAAAAAGAACCGACCAAAUCUGUUCAAAAACCAAACGGUUCCGCAAGACCUCGGUGAAAAUAGAGAAGACCUGCGGAGUCUUCUACUCCGCUCCGGACAACCAAUCACUCUCGCCCAGUUCCUAAAACGGCUCUCAGUUGCCGAAACCACCAAAGAUACCCACACCGGUAGUAAAGUCUCUCCCGCCAAGGCCGCCUCUCCCGCCAAGGCCGCCUCUCCCGCCAAGGCCGCCUCUCCCGCCAAGGCCGCCUCUCCCACCAAGGCCGCCUCUCCCGCCAAGGCCGCCUCUCCCGCUAAGGAGCUUGUUAUCACCAAGAAGGAGCAAGAAGCCAAGCAUCUGCAAACCGCUACCACCCAACUCUACCCAAAUGGGAUGAUCCUCGAUACUGGUGGGUCCCUGCACCACUCACACGACCAUGCGUGA